GAGUUAGUUUUGAGUUGAAUUUUGACCGCGGUGGAAAAGUAUAAGCGCGCGCGUCCGAGAAUCGAAUAGGAUCACGCGUUCUAUAGCGAGUGGAUGGGUGGAAUCCUUGGAAAGGAAAAUCAGCCAUAAGAAGAGGCUUAAUGAAAAGGACUGUUUCAGAAGAUUUCAGUGAACGUUGAAAGGACAAUCCUAAGGACAAUGAAGCUGCCAUUAGUGUUGGGAGUUGUGCUUGGGUGCUUUCUUUCGGUGCAAUCAGACCAAUCGGAUUUCAACCAUAUCAACUCGGAUGGAUCGUUUAGUUUUGGAUUGAAAAACUCCGAUGUAGGUGGACACUACCACACGGCCAGCGGGAAUCCGAAAACAAUCGUCCGCGGAAGAUUCGGAAGUCGUCAACCGGAUUCGGGUCGAGUCGAGGAAACCGUCUACACGGCCGGUCCCAGAGGGUUCCGCGCUCGUGGUCCAAAAAUUCAUCGCAAACAAAACCUAUCGCAGGUACCGCGUGGUCCCAUUGGUACACCGGAGGACCCCCAGGCCGAUCCGUAUGACGAUCCCAGCUAUGAUUUCCAGUUCAAAACCCGUAACUACCAACGGCGCGAGGGAUCCGAUGCCAACGGGCGGGUCAACGGGCUGUACACCUACGUGGAUGACGUUGGCGAACAGCAUUCGGUUCGGUACUCAGCUGGUUCGGGGACUGGUUUUGAGGUGGCCAAUCCGGUCCCGGAUGCACCCAAUACGAUAGCCUACGAGAGCCCUCUGUAUAAAACGCACAAGCAGGUGCGGGGAAAGGUCGCAUUCGAAAGUGGACCGAGCGGUUCCGGGCAGUAUAAGUUACUGUCGGUGGGGCCUGAUCAGCGAAGAUCGGAAACAACGGGUCCGGAUGGUAUCACACGAGGUUCAUAUUCGUACUUGGAUGACAAAGGGUUGCAACGAACGGUACAGUAUAUAGCGGGGGCAGGGAUUGGCUACAAGGUUGUUCAAAGCACUACGGGAGCUGGAAGCCAUUUGCUGGCAUCGCCUGCCACAAACUUUGCCAUAAGUCACGUCGAACAAAGCGACGUGGCGGAUAACAAUAACCCAAGUUACACCGCAAGUCCAUCUGGACCUGCUUCGUUCCCUAGUGGCGGAGGUGAUCGACCGGGAAGUGGUGGGUCAAGACCAACCGCCGCAGGCUACGACGGGGCACGACCAACCGGGCCCGGGUUCGACGGGUCACGGCCAUCCGGAAGUGGUUAUGACGGAGCGAAACCAGAUCAUGAUGGUUACGAUAGCGGUCGUCCAACAGGGCCUGCAUUCGAUGACGACUUCGACAGGAAGCGACCAACCACUCCACCAAGCAAUAAGGUGCCCUCAAGCACAGACCGCCCUGAUCCCAGCGAUACCAAGGUGCGUUUCCCGGAUGACGAUUCCGAUUAUGGAGGCAAGCCGCAAGAUGGAAGCAUAAUAGGGCUCGUUCCUCCCAAGUACGACUAUGAACCCACGGAAGAUCCAUCUCUAUCGGGACCGUUUGACAUCAGCAUCUCCAGCGGGCCAUCAGGCCCUUCCGGAUCCGGUUAUCCGAACUUUGACGAAUCGGCUCCGGGCGCGUUCAACUCUAACGAUUUCACCAAUUACCCCGAGGUAAGCUACGACCGGAAGAAGCUUGAGGAGGACCGCAAGAAGGACUGGCGAGACUUUGCAAAGGAUUCCACGAUCAUCAAAAACGUAGGCGACUGGUAUGUGGGACUGGCACCGGGAGCCUCCGUGAGGGCUCACAUCCAAAACAUUGACCUACUGCCAUAUGGAGGGCGAGCUCCCUCGCCAAGUGAGGCCCUGCGAAGAGACACCCAGUCCAAACCGAAACGACCGCCGUCGUCGUAUGAGCGAAGGCGGUGAGAGAUGUGCCUAGUGUGAUUUGAUUUUACCGACUAUUGUAUGCGUAUCGAGAUAUGAUCGAGAAUUAAGUUCAAGAGAAUUAGAAUUGUAAAUAAAUUAUAUUGGUAUGUACUGAACAAAGAGGAAA